UGUGAGAGAGCAGUCGGCACUGAAGUGUGUCAAACUGACGCUGAGGCUUGACUGGAAUUUCAGGACUAUAUUUUACUUAGCCGGACAGGACGGAGACCUGCUUUGAGACGUGCGUCUUGUACGAAAAGCAAGACUGUUUAAGUUGUCAGAAAUACAAAUGUUGUCUACAUUCCCUCUGAUGUAUAUGGAUUGAUCUGCUGGCUCCUUGCUUCACUUCUUCAAACCUAUUCCAAUGUCUGAAGACUCAGAAUCCAAACCGUAUCUGUUCUCCUCCCUGGAGGGGCAGAGUGAAGCAGCCGGAUGCAGUUCAAUGUCGACGCUGCAUCGUAUGGGCAGUUUCGUGGAGGGGACCAAACUUGGCCUGGCAUCUGAAGGUAGCGACAGCAGCCAAGACACUCCCACCUCACCCCACAACAAACGGAAGAUGGCCCAUUCCCUCCAUGAGGAUGUGGAGAUGAAGAGCAGCAGGUCCAGUGGGAGUGGAACAGAGUCUCAUGGCAAUGAAUCCCAUGGUAAUGAGUCCCAUGGCAAUGAGUCUUCUGGGAGUUCCAAUAGCCGAAGCAAGGAUUCAGCACUAUUUGAGUCAUCGGCGAGUAACAAAAGCUCCAACUCUCAUAGUCCUUCACCGCCCAGCAGCACGAACGCCUUCAGCCUUCUGAGUGCCAGUUCAGAGCAGGACAACCCAUCUUCCAGCGGCUGCAGUAGCGAAGAAUCCGCCAAGGCGAAGACACAGAAAGAAUUGCUUAAAACUUUGAAAGAGUUGAAGCUUCAUUUGCCGCCGGAAAAGCGGAACAAGGGCAGCAAGUCGACGACGCUCAACACUCUGAAAUAUGCCCUGCGCUGCGUCAGACAGGUGGAGGCAAAUGAAGAAUACUACCAGCUGCUUAUGAUUAAUGAUAGUCAGCCAUCAGGGCUUGACGUUUCAUCAUAUACCAUAGAGGAGAUAGACAGCAUCACCUCUGAAUACACCCUCAAAAACACAGAUAUCUUUGCAGUGGCGGUGUCACUCAUCACUGGAAAGAUUGUCUAUAUUUCAGACCAGGCCGCCUCCAUCUUGAACUGCAAACAGGACGUAUUCAAGAAUGCUAAGUUUGUGGAGUUUCUUACACCGCAGGAUGUUAGUGUGUUUUAUAGCUUCACCACAACCUACAGACUGCCGUCUUGGAGCAUGUGCACUGGCGCAGAGUCGUCACCAUCAGACUGCAUGCAGGAGAAAUCCUUCUUCUGUCGCAUUAGCGGUGGUAAAGAGUGUGAGGGAGAUCGUCAGUACUAUCCCUUCAGAAUGACUCCUUACUUGAUGAAGGUUCAGGAUAUGGAGCACUCUGAAGAUCAGUUCUGCUGCCUCCUGCUGGCCGAGAGAGUGCACUCUGGCUACGAAGCUCCAAGGAUCCCCACGGACAAACGAAUCUUCACCACAACACACACCCCCAGCUGUUUGUUUCAGGAUGUGGAUGAGAGGGCCGUUCCAUUACUAGGAUACCUGCCACAGGAUUUGAUUGGCACACCUGUCCUGCUGCACCUACAUCCCAGUGAUCGACCAGUCAUGCUUGGCAUCCACAGGAAGAUCCUCCAGUAUGCUGGCCAGCCGUUUGACCACUCGAUCCGCUUCUGCGCUCGUAAUGGAGAGUACAUCACCAUAGACACCAGCUGGUCCAGCUUUGUCAAUCCGUGGAGCCGCAAAGUUUCCUUCAUCAUUGGCAGACACAAAGUUCGCAUGGGUCCAGUGAAUGAAGAUGUGUUUGCAGCUCCAGCUGCAGCUGAGGGCAAAUCUGUAGACUCCGACAUCCAGGAAAUCACUGAGCAAAUUCACAGACUCCUGGUGCAGCCUGUACACAACAACGGUUUGAGCGGCUAUGGGAGUCUGGGCAGUAAUGAUCACCUGCUGAGUGUGGCAUCAUCUAGUGAAAGUAACGGUAAUGGAACACGCCUGCGACAAGAGGAAGAGGAUGCCAGGAGAGCCAAACCGAGGAGCUUUCAGGAGAUCUGCAAAGGAGUUCACAUGCAGAAAAACCAGGAGCAGCAGUCCAAGAAGAGCCCUACUAAGUUUCUACAGAAAAGUUCAAUGGUUCGACCCAAAGAUUCUGCGUAUCCUGUGAACGUAAGAGAGUCUCCUGUGGAGCAGCGUGCUGGCCUUCAAGAGGAGCUGGCCUUCAAAGACAAGACCGUCUACUCCUAUCAGCAGAUUAGUUGCCUGGACAGCGUAAUCAGGUAUUUGGAAAGCUGUAACGUGCCCAUUACAGUGAAGAGAAAGUGCCAAUCCUCCUCAAACACAACGUCCUCAAACUCAGACGAAGACAAGCAGAGAGGUGUUGAGAGCUCCAUACAAGUGCCUGAAGAGGCAGGCCAUCUAAAGAACCAACCAGGUCUCUCAUCAUUAGAAGUGUCUAAGAAGCCUCCAGGCUCUGGUGUAGUGAGUCCGUCUCUGACUCCACUCGCGCUGCCCAGUAAACCUGAAAGCGUGGUCUCUAUUACCAGCCAGUGCAGCUACAGCAGCACCAUUGUACACGUAGGAGACAAGAAAGUCAUAUCCGCAACAAGACACAUCUCUCCAAAGCAAGAAUUCUCUUCCAAACUUCAAAAGAUCAUUGAAGACGUCCCCAGCACUGAAGGCACUGAAGGUCAGGGUCUCACUGUUCCUCCGGCCGCGGUCUCGCCACACAAUCAGGAGCGAGAGGCUUACAAGAAACUGGGCCUGACCAAGCAGGUUCUGGCGGCACACACUCAGAAGGAAGAGCAGGCAUUCCUCAGUCGCUUCAGAGAGCUGCGAGGUGUGCACGCUUUUAAAGCCGACUGCUCCCUCUAUCUGGAGAGACAGAAAGGACAAGUUACAUCUGAGGCUGUUCCCGCUGCUCGUUCUAAGCAGGGUGGCGGUGGUGCACCUGAGACCAGCGGAACCCGCCGGGGUCGCAACAAGAAGACCAAGUCCAAACGCAUCAAGCCGAACGAGUCGUCCGACAGCACUCCUUCAGGCCGUAGGCCACCACCCAGACCUCAGCUGCAGGGCCUCAACCAGACCUCCUGGUCUCCCUCAGACACAUCCCAAUCCACCUUCCCCAUCGCUUAUCCGGCUGUGAUGCCCGGGUACCCGCUGCAGAUGUACCCGGGAGCCGGCGGCAUGCAGCCCAGGGUAGAUGCUCCACUGUCAGGCUUUGGGGAGAGUCAGUGCAGCCAGGAUCCACGCAUCCCGAUGCAGCCUAUCCAAACGCCGUUCUCAGCUCCUCUGGUCACACCCAUGGUUGCUCUGGUGCUGCCCAACUAUAUGUUCCCACAGAUCGGCGGUGCUCCACGACAGCCAUUCUACCCCAAGCAGGGAAGUUUCCCCGCACAGCCUACCUUUCAACCUCAGCCUAGAUUUGCUGCACAAGCAGCGUUCCCUCCACAGUCCACAUUCACCAUACAGACCCAGUUUGCCCCCCAGAACCCCUUUACUCCGCAGACUCCAUUCCCACCACAGCCGUUUCCGUUCGUGUGUCCCGAAGAACUGCCAAAACAGCCUGAGCUGAGGGAGGAGCCUUCACGAAGCCCCACCCCUCAGUCCAUGGGUGGAGGCGGGCCGCCGUCCCCGCCUUUGUUCCAGUCGCGCUGCAGCUCGCCUUUGCAGCUCAACCUGCUGCAGUUAGAGGAGACUCAACGCUCUGCUGAGAGACAGGAGUGCACAGCGCCAUCUAUUGUACCACAGACAAACUGCAGCAGAAGUGUGGAGAAAGCAGGAAGUGCAACUGGGCAAACCAAAACUGACAAGUAUGAAGGGUCACCUGUCGACGGUCAGCAUAGUGAUGCGUUCUCAUCAUCUAGUGACCUGCUGGACAUUCUCCCAGAGGACUCGCGCUCCGGCACCGGCUCUGCUACCUCAGGCUCCAUGGGCUCUGGUUCUAAUGGCUGUGGGAUGUCUGCUAGCGGCGGGUCUGCCAGCAGAACUGGAAGCAACAACAGCAGUAACUACUUCGGCAGUGUGGAUUCUUCACAGAAAUCCCAUAAGGACAAGGAGCAAGUCUCUGGUUCGGGCUCUGGGGCGCUGGCGCUGGAUGGGAGUGAGACGCUGAUCAAGUAUGCACUGCAGGACCCGCUGUGGCUGCUCAUGGCUAACGUGGACAAAGAUGUUAUGAUGCCAUACCAGUUACCAUCUCGUGACAUCCAGAAGGUUCUGAGGGAGGACAGGGAGAAGUUGCGGCAGAUGCAGAAAAGUCAGCCACGCUUUACAGAAGAGCAGAAGAGAGAGCUGGCGGAGGUGCAUCCCUGGAUGAGAAGAGGUGGGCUGCCCAAAGCCAUCGACGUCAAGGCAUGUGUCGGCUGUGAAGAGGUCAGUGAAACCCUGACAGAGGAGGAUCCACCAGAUCUGCACAUGGGAGAAACAGAAAGCAGUGAUGUCACGGUGCCUCCGGCCAAUAGCAGUGAAGACUCUACACACUCAGAAACACAUGCCUGUCCUGGUCCUGUCACCUGAACUGAACCCCUCUUUCCACCUGUAAGAAUACAAACCUCGUCUGAUAUCAAAGCGGACAUUUUAGCAUAGAAAAAAUGCCUCUGCCGCUGCCACAGACCUUCAUGAAGACUCGUUCUGUUGCUUGUUUGUGUGAAUGUGUACAGAAGUGUAAAUACAUGAAUGGGUGAGAGAAUAAAUCAGAGUGAAUGAAUUAUUUCCAGACUGUCUAAACUGUCUUUUAAGCCAGACUGUGCUGUUCAAUGACCAUUACUGUUAGAUUGUAAUAUUAAGGAAUAAUAUUUCCUUUUCAGUGUUUCCCCGGCAGUUUUUUUUUCCUUAAUGUGCCUAUACACGGACUAACUUAUUUCUUUUUUACAACUUUUUUUUUUUUUUUUAAAGGAUAAAACCAUUUUAUAUGCUUUUUUUUUCUUCUAAAUAGAUGUAUAAGCUCUUGUAACAGUUCUUCUGGUGUUUGAUAGUUGUGUUGUUGGAUAUGUUUCUGAUAUCCUUUCAAAUUCACAAUUUAACACUGAGGAUUUGUAGUUUAUGAGCUGAAUUAUUAUUUAUUAUGGAUGCACCGAAUGUUCGGCAACCAAAAUCAUUUGGCCGAAAAUAGCAAAAGACGUGACGCGAUCAAAUGGCAAGCAGCGUAGAGUGAGAUUCGCGCACUCUUUAUAAUGCAGCAAACAUGACGGCAGUGUGGAAGCAUUUAAAACUGUCUGAGAAAGAGGCAAAAAUCAUUACAAGCACCGACAGCGAGAGACUGUUUAGUACUGCAGCGCAUGUCUUCGAUAAGAAGAGAAAGUGGUGCUUGUUGCUGGUUACUGUACACUCUAAAAAAUGCUGGGUUAAAUACA